UUUGUGUGAAAAACGGAGUGAUAUCAUACGUGUAGUCGCUUUACCAAGAUUUAUAUACUUUCUGUAUUUUUGGAUGUGAUUGUUUGUGAUUCACACUACAUAUACCUUUUCGGAUUUUGAGACGAACAAAGAAGUUUAUCACUCUAAAGAGCGUAAGUGCUGUGAAGUUUAAUCAAAACGGCUUCCGAAAAGAUAAAUACAUCUGAUCAUCCAAAUUACAACACAAUGUAUCAAUCUCAAGGCGGGUAUCCUCAGGGAGGUUACCCACAAGGCGCCUAUCCUCAGGGAGGCUAUCCACAGGGUGGAUAUCCACAAGGCGGUUAUCCUCAAGGGGGUUAUCCGCAGGGUGGCUAUCCUCCUCCGCCACAACCAGGAUUCCAACCAGCUGGUUAUGGCGUUCCGGGCUAUGGUGAACCAGGAUACGCUGGCCAAGGCAGCAACUUCGGUGAGGAUUCCGACGUCAAAGGCUUUGACUUCAAUGAACAGAGCAUCCGAAAAUCUUUUAUUCGAAAGGUCUACGGGAUCUUGAUGUCUCAGCUGCUGGUGACGCUGACCUUCAUAACACUCUUCGUGUACCACGCGCCGACUAAGCUAUGGGUGCAGAGGAACCCGUACAUGUUCUGGAUCGCGUUCGCGGUGGUGCUGGUGACGCUGAUCGCGAUGGCGUGCUGCCCCAGCGUGCGGCGCACGGCGCCCAUGAACUUCAUCUUCCUCGGCCUGUUCACGGUCGCCGAGAGCUUCCUGCUCGGGGUCACCAGCAGCAUGUACGACAGCGUCGCGGUGAUGAUGGCGGUGGGGCUGACGGCGGCGGUGUGCCUGGCGCUCACGCUGUUCGCCUUCCAGACCAAGUGGGACUUCACCGUCAUGGGUGGCGCUCUGCUCUGCGCGACCGUCAUCUUGCUGAUCUUCGGUAUCGUCGCCAUUUUUAUCCCCGGGAAGACGAUGACCCUGGUGUACGCUUCACUCGGCGCGCUGAUCUUCUCCCUCUACCUAAUCUACGACACGCAGCUGAUGAUGGGGGGUAAACACAAGUUCACCAUAUCCCCGGAGGAGUAUGUAUUCGCGGCAUUGAACCUUUACUUGGAUAUUAUCAACAUCUUCAUCUACAUUCUGACGAUCAUCGGUGCGGCUAGAGAUUAAACAACUUACAGAAUUUGUUUUUUUUUUUAAAGUUAAGCGUCUGCCAGACUUGACGUGAUGUUGCGACAUAUAUAUCAUGACAUGUGACAUAUUUGACAUAAGUAUCAUAUGUUGGAUAUGGAAGUAUUAUGUCGUAUAAAACUUCCGCAUCAUUUAUAUAUGUAUUUUAUUAUAUAUUUUUCUUUAAUUUGUCAGAACUUUCUUAGGACGUAGAUUGGUAUUUCUAAAUCUUUAAUUAAAAUAUAAUUCACAGUAUUAAUUUUGAAAUGGAUAGGAGCACCUAUUUUUUGAAAUAAAAGUCACAUUCCGUUUUGUAAUAAUAAUUUAAUAUGAAAACAAAAGUUAUAAUGAACUAUACACGUCGAGUGAGGACGUCGCUUAACACCACAGACAAUAAAGUCAUUCAAAUUAACAGUUUCCGAUUUAUUGAUAUUAUAAAUUAAAAGAAAAAAAAAACUCGUAAUGUUUAUUAACUGUUUACAUUAUUCCGACGCAAAGUGCAUCUUCGCUUUUAAAAGAAUAUACUAACGGCCUUACUUAUUUUGUAUAACGGAUGUGUAG